UUUAAGUAUUUAAUUAAAGUUCUUAUUUGGUAAAUCAUCAAAAAAAAAAAUGUUUGUAUUCUGAUAAGGUCUAUAUUUAUAUUUUUAUGACUAAUCAGUAGGCUGUGAAAUUCUGCGGAAAUGCAGGCUGUAGAUAGUCUGUAUGUGUAUGAACAAAUUUUAAAUGCGGAUGUGCAAAUCGACAAAGGCAAAUAUCGAGCACAUGAAAUUUUUUUAAACCAGUAUCAUUACCGAGUGCUAAGGGUUUACGUUCAAAAUGAGUAGUGUUUCAGAAAAUUCUACAAGUGAUUUUUUGACGGAGGAAGUUCCUGCAAAAAUUUCGUCCAACCUGAAAUUGGUGGAAAUUUUGGAAAGCUAUAAUAUAUAUUUAAUAAAUCGCAAGUUCCUAAAAUAAAAGAGAAAAAAGAACAAGUAUACAAAGAAAUCUACCAUUAUAUAUAUUUUGCAAAUUGGAAGGGAUUUAACUGAAAAACAACUAAAAAGAAAAUAUAAAAUAUGAAGACCGAGUUGAAGAAACAGACGGAGAAAACUGCAACGGGAAAUAAGAAAAUUGUUUUAAACGCGUGGAAAAACAACUUUUGGCGCGAAUGGAAGGACCAGAAAACCCUGUUUUUCAAAAAGCACCAGGAGCAAUAGGAUCUGUGGAACAACCUCAGCCAUCAACAUCUAAAGGGACCUAUUCACAUGCGAGCAUGUCCGGCGGAUCUGUCCGACGGACAGAUCUGCUGCGCGCUACUGACAUGCGAAUUUGUCCGUAUACAUUCACCGACAAAUCUGGAUAGACGAAGUUUUUGGUUCAUUCAGUUACUGAUUUCCGCGUUGUGAAAUGGAUAAUAAAAAGAAACUUGCGAUAAUUGGAGGAUUCAUAGUUUUAUUUGAUGAAAAGAAGAAGAAAAGACUGUGGUCAAAGCGGUGGUUCUUAGAAAGAAGAAAGUAUUCUCAUAUGAGUUUAAUUAGAGAACUCCAAACAACAGAGCCUCAUGAUUUGCACAACUUUUUACGAAUGGAUAAAGAAGCAUUUGAAAUAUUAUUACAAUAUGUAGACCCAUUAAUCCAAAUAAAUACCACCCAUAUGAGAGAAGCAGUGAGUAGCAGAGAGCGAUUAAUUGCUACGCUACGGUACUUAGCAACUGGAAGGAGUGUUGAAGACUUGAAGUUUAGUUGUGCAAUCUCCCCACAGCUUCUCGGGAAAAUAAUACCUGAAACUUGUUGGGCAUUAUUUAUGACACUAAAAAACGAAUAUUUGAAGUUUCCAUCAAGCUCAAAUGAUUGGCUGGAAAUCGCAAAUGGAUUCAAACGUUCCUGCGACUUUGAACAUUGCUUGGGAGCCAUGGAUGACAAGCAUAUUGCCAUAAAAAAACCGCCUAAUAGCGGUUCGUUUUUUUACAAUUAUAAGGGAUUUUUCAGCACCGUUUUGUUUGCCAUUGUAAACGCUAACUAUGAAUUUAUUUAUGUAUAUACGGGAAUAAAUGGCAGAGUUUCAGAUGGAGGUGUCCUGCAAGAGACCGAUUUUUACAAGAAACUCGAAAAUCAUACUUUAAAUAUUCCUCCUCCUCAUCAUCUUGAAAAAUCAGCAGUCAAAUUACCAUACGUUUUUAUAGGAGAUGACGCUUUUAGCCUAACAGAAAAUGUAAUAAAGCCCUAUUCAAUAAAUGGUAUUAGCCACGAUGAAAAAGUUUUCAAUUAUCGCCUAUGCCGAGCAACGAGAGUGGUUGAAAACGUGUUUGGCAUAUUGGCUUCUCGCUUCAGAAUAUUACUGAGCACAAUUACACUAAGUAAUGUAGAAAAAGUCGAUAAAGUCGUAUUGGCAUGCUGCGUAUUACAUAAUUUUUUAAGAAGAAAAUGUUCCAACUAUAUGAAUAUUCGCUCAGUUGAUCGCGAAAACAGUCAUCACAUUAUUCAAGAUGGUGAUUGGCGUGAAGAGCUUCGUCAGUUACAUGGUUUACAAAACAGAAGGACCUAUUACAAUGAUAUUGCUAAAAAUGUCAGAAAAGCAUUUACCAACUACUAUAAUAAUGAAGGAGGAGUAUCAUUUCAAGAAAAUAUGAUCAACGGAAAUUAAGAAUAAUCGAAAAGUCUUACAAAAAGUUGUAUUUGAUCGAAAAUGUUUGCAUUUUUUAUUAAAAAUAAACGUAUUAAAAAAAUUACUUACCCUUGUUUCACUUUGAGUUUCCUCUUCUAAUUCCUGGAAUGCCAUUGAAGAGGUUCCAGGGCGAACUUCUUCCUGAUCCCGAGUAAAUAAUAGUAAUUGAAAAUACCACAAACUGGGUUCAUAAAUACUAUCCGUGGAGGCCCCAGUUUUCUUACUUUUUCUAAUUUCUCUUAAUUCUCGGCGAAAGCCAGCACGCAAG